AUGCUAUCAAGAGUUACGCAUUGCUUUACUCCUAGGAACUUCCGAGUGACCAUAAAUCCAGCAGCUGUUGCUUAUUUACAAUUCACUGCUGUCAAACAAAUUAACACUACUUUUAGAAGGGAAUUUCAACGCACGAUGAGCCAAGGCUGGAAUAAAAACCUAAGUACCGAGCAAUUGCUAGUUUUGAGGGACAAACACACGGAAAGGCCUCACACGGGUGCUUAUUUGAAUAACAAGGAGUCUGGUGUAUACCAUUGUGCGAAUUGUGAUGAACCACUUUACACAAGCGACACCAAGUUCGACUCUAGAUGCGGCUGGCCGUCGUUUUACAAGGAAAUAAAACCUGGCUCAAUUACUUAUCACUCAGACACAGCUUACGGAAUGAAGCGAACUGAAAUUUGCUGUGGCAAGUGUGGUGGCCAUCUUGGCCACGUUUUCGAGGGCGAAGGCUGGAAAGAGAGGCUGGGGCUGCCAGAAGAUGUAAGACACUGCGUUAACAGCCUUUCGCUGAAUUUCAGGAAGAAAUAA